CAUAUAACUGUACAAACUAUUUCUGUAAGGCGAAUAAAUGCCGGUUUAUUUUUAGAUGGUUGCGAGAAGAAAAACUGCCAGUACUACGCUACGUGCAUAAGUGAAAAUGGCAAGGCAGAGUGUCGUUGUGCGACUGAGUGCAACAGCAACCUGGCGUUUACCAAACCGGUUUGUGGAACCGAUGGAGUGACAUAUUCUUCUGAAUGUCACUUGAAGAACAGCGCAUGUCAGCAGACAAAGUUCAUCGUCGUCGCGUUCGAGGGAAAAUGCGAUGCGUGCACAAACGUCGAGUGCGGCUUCGGCGAGGAGUGCCGUCGCGGCGAGUGCGUAUGUUCAUACCAGUGCUCUUCCGCGCCGCCGCCGUCGGCUCGCGUCUGUGCGGAGGACGGCGUUUUGUACGCCUCCGACUGUCACCGGCAGCUGGCUGCUUGUCGGCGACGAUCGCCGAUCGCCGUCAUGCCGCUUACACACUGCCACUCGGCUGUCUCUGCUCUUAACGAUGACUGUCAAUGCCACAGUCUGGGCUCACUCGAACCAAAAUGUGACAUUGAUGGAAAUUGCAGGUGCCGAGCUGGCGUCGGCGGCGCCAAAUGUGACCACUGCCUUCCUGGUUUCUGGGGACUUCACCUCAUCGCUCUGGGACAGCAGUCUUGCCAACCGUGCGGAUGUUCGGCGUUCGGGUCGUCGCGCGCCGACUGCGAGCAGUCCACCGGAAGAUGCGAGUGCUGGCGAGGCGCCCGCGGCGAACGAUGUGAGCGAUGCACAACCGAUCUCGUCAUGACUGCCAGUGGAUGCGUUCCGAAGCAGGAGUACCGCACGCCAGCUAGUUGUUCUUCAUUGGAGUGUCACCACGGAGCGAAAUGUGUUCAGUCCGUUGGUGAACUUCCCGAUUGCGAAUGUCCGGAACAUUGCGAUAUGAACCACCUCGGGAUAGUAGCAAACAUGAGCGUAUGUGGAUCGGACGGUACAACUUAUGAGGAUAUGUGUCAAUUGCUCAAGUUUGCCUGUAAACAUCAGCUCGAUUUGGUAGCCGUUUCUCUUGGGAUCUGCUUCCAAGGUCCAAAAGUUUCACUCGUAAAAAUCAUAUUCAGGUUGAACUUAAUAGCACAUUUACUUCCUAAGAUCCGCGAGCACACCCAGCUUCCACGGGAGAAUAGCAGCGUGCAGUUCGUAGGCAUCCUAUACGACGUUUUUAUUAAAAACGCAGUAGUAGAGCAUUUUUUGGGAUACAUCAACGAUAAGAAACCAACCUCUUCGUGUUAUCUGGUAUAA